GUCAACCACCUCCUUAACCAGAGACUUUCUUCUUCUUCUUCUUCUUCACUUGCGAUCUGCUUCGUAGAGUCGAUAGAGGGAAGAAGCAAGUCUGUAUUUUUUGAGCUCUCGAAGAUGUUUGAUGACCAAGACCUCGGCUUCUUUGCCAAUUUUCUGGGGAUUUUCAUCUUCGUAAUGGUCAUUGCAUACCAUUUCGUGGUGGCGGAGCCAAAAUUCGAAUGAAAAUGAGGUUUCAUCUUUGUUGAUUUCUAAAAAAACACUUAUAAAUGUGUCAGAAUCAACAUGUCUUAAGCAUUCCAUAGGCUGUGAUGUUUCGCCAAUAGAUGAGUAAUCAAUGUAUUUUGACAAUGUGGUUUUGGUUUGGAUGGAUAAAGAGUUACAGACAUCUUUUUCCUAGUGGUUCAAUCGUUCAUGUUUUAGUAUGCAA